CGUAAAAACCCUAGCCCUGUCUUUGAGGAAAAUUUCAAUAAAAUAAACAUAGUUAUAGCAAAUGAUCGUGAGUCAAUUAGAAUCGGUAUUACAGACGACUAAUGUUUAUAUUAUCUACUACAAUAUAUUUGUAUAAAAACGUUUCUAGUUUAUUUAUGUUGUCACGUCAGACAUAAUAUUAAAUGUUAUGAUGUCGCAUUCGAAAUGUUAUCUUAUUAUCGUAGUUUGUUUACAAAUAUCCGUAGUAUUGUCUACAAAACAACACAAUGAACCAAUAGUAGCGAUAAAAGAAGGCAAAGUGAAAGGUUCAUCGGGUUAUCUGGUAGAUGGAUCCGCGUACUUUAGUUUCAAAGGAAUACCGUACGCAGCUCCGCCUGUGGGAAAUCUUAGAUUUAAGGCACCUUUGCCUCCCCGACCUUGGACAGGUAUACGUAAUGCAAUAAACUUUGGUAGUAUUUGCACACAGUUUAACGUAACAUACCAAGGUGAUGAAGAUUGCUUAUUUAUUAAUGUGUAUACGAAAUCUUUAAGCGAAGAGGCUAAGUUCCCAGUUAUGGUGUUUAUUUACGGAGGCUCAUUCACUCAAGGCUCGGGGGACUUCUAUUUACCAGACUUUCUUUUACAGCAUGAUGUUAUUUUGGUAACGUUUAACUAUAGACUAGAAGCUUUAGGCUUUUUAUCACUUGAAACGCCUGAUGUACCAGGAAAUGCAGCAAUGAAAGAUCAGGUAGCUGCUCUUCGUUGGGUUCAGAACAAUAUAGCACAAUUCGGGGGUAAUUCAAAUAGCGUCACAUUAUUUGGCGAAAGUGCAGGUGCAUCUUGUGUUUCUUUGCAUCUGUUGUCUCCAAUGUCGAAAGGCCUAUUUCAUAAGGCAAUAGCUCAAAGUGGAACAUACGAUUUAGUUCAAGCGUCAGGUGCGAAAGAAAGAGCUUUUCGUGCUGGGGAAUUUCUUGGAAUUAAAACAAAUGACGUACAAGUGCUACUCGACUACUUCCAAAAUCUCAAUGCAAAUGCUCUCACUAACAUAACUGCUGCGACUUUUACACCCGAUGAAAUUUAUAGAGGAUUACCAGCAAAAUUUUUACCGGUAGUUGAAAAAAACUUUCCUAAAAUAGAAUCGUUUCUCAACGAAGAACCAGAGAAGCUACUUCUUGAGGGCAAAGUCAAUAGAGUACCACUAAUGAUUGGUUAUAAUUCUGGAGAAGGAUUAGUGAUUGUUAAAUAUCAUGUUACGCGAUUAGAUGUUUAUAACAAGGAACCAUCAUAUUAUGUGCCUAGAGAAGUAGUUAAAAAAAUUUCAAAAAAUCAAUUGAAAGAUUUUGGUGAUAGAAUUAAAAAGUUCUAUGUUGGAAAUAGAAAUAUAACUGAGAAAGAUUUAAAUAUUAUAUGUGAUAUGCAAACAGAUAUCAACUUCGCGUAUAACACUCAUAGAUUUGCACAUUUGUAUACGAAUUCGUGUGAAUCCACUUACAUGUACAGAUUUAAUUUUGACACUGAGUUGAACGUUUUAAAAAUUGCUUUAGGAUUAACCAAUUUAAAAGGCGCCAGUCAUGCUGAUGAACUUUUCUAUAUAUUUUACAAUUACUUAAAUGAAAGAGCUUAUCAAAGUCAAGAGAAACUUAAAGACAUUGUGUAUAAAGUAACUAAAUUGUGGACGGAUUUUGCUAAAACUGGUCAUCCAACUCCAGAUAACCACCUAAGAGCUAAAUGGAAACCUUAUACAAUCAAAGGAAAAGAGUACUUAAACAUUGAAAAUCCAUUUUCGUUGGGACAUUAUGCAGAUAAAAAAAGGAUGGAGUUUUGGGAUGAACUAUAUACUGAGGCUGGACUUCCACAUUUAUCUUGAGAAUAUUAAAUAUUUAUACUCAUAUAAAUUUAAAUUAAAUUACUAUUAUAGAGAUUAUAUUUUAGAAUAUUAUAGACUAUAUUUUAUUAAAAGAUUAUUAUUACACCAUCAAACAUGA